AUGCGGCCAAUAAAUAAUCUAUUCUCUGCGGCUCUGUCAAUCACCUCCAUAUUCGGUCUGCUGCUUGUAUGGCCGAAAGAAGUUGAAUCCAUGUUAUGCUUGGAAGGAGCUGAUUGUAUACGAGAUGCAAGUUGUGAUUUCUGCGAAGGUAUUGCAUGCACUCGAAUUAUAUCUUAUAACAUGGAGGAUAACCGAGAAGUAGCUUUGACCUGUAUUCCUCAUGAUACGAGAUCUCCGUUAGCGUUUCGAAACUUUCCGUAUGAAGAGGAAGGCUGUAAACAUGUUGGUGAUCGACAGUUCUGCGUAUGCUUUUCUAGAAACUAUUGUAAUUCAUCUCGAAAUGCCCUUAAUUCUUCAACCAUAGUCUUAAUUGUGACCAUUUUGUUUCUUACUGUCAACAGGUUCUUAUAG